AUGACUCUGCCAUGUUGUGCUUUCAGAUAUGCCUACUAUUAUUCAGGAAUAGGAGCUGCUGUUCUUGUUGCCGCCUACAUGCACGUUGCAUGUUGGACUCUUGCAGCUGGCCGACAGACCAAGCACAUCAGGCAGCGUUUCUUCCAUGCCAUCAUGCGGCAAGAAAUUGGAUGGUUUGAUGUUAAUGAUGUUGGAGAACUAAACACUAGACUUAUAGAUGACAUCUCCAAAAUCAAUGAUGGAAUUGGUGAUAAAAUGGCAAUGCUGAUUCAGGGAAUAGCUACAUUUAUUGCUGGAUUUGUUGUCGGGUUUAUUAAAGGAUGGAAACUGACUCUUGUCAUACUGGCCAUCAGUCCUGUUCUGGGGCUCUCAGCUGCCGCCUGGGCAAAGGUCCUAACUGCAUACACAAACAAGGAGCUUGCUGCAUAUGCAAAAGCUGGAUCCGUUGCUGAGGAGGUUUUAUCAGCCAUAAGGACGGUGGUUGCUUUUGGAGGACAGAACAAAGAAAUUGAGAGGUAUCAUAAAAAUCUAGAAGAUGCUAAAAACAUUGGAAUCCGCAAGUCUAUCACAGCCAGCGUUUCCUUGGGUCUUGCUUUCUUAUUAAUAUAUGCAUCCUAUGCAUUGGCUUUCUGGUAUGGAACUACUUUGAUCCUAGAUGAACAUUACAGUAUUGGGGGAGUCCUCACAGUCUUCUUUGCUGUACUAAUAGGAGCAUUUGGCAUUGGACAAGUGACUCCAAACCUAGAAUCGUUUGCAGUUGCAAGAGGAGCUGCUUAUGCAAUAUUCAAUAUCAUAGACAAUGAACCUCACAUCGACAGUUUUUCAGAAGCUGGUUAUAAACCUGACAAAGUGCAAGGAAAUCUGGAUUUCCAAAAUGUAUUUUUCCAAUACCCAUCAAGACCAGAUGUACAGGUGUUAAAAGGCUUGAAUCUGAAAGUUAACAGUGGCCGGACCGUGGCCCUGGUAGGCAGCAGUGGUUGUGGGAAAAGUACCACAGUCCAGCUUAUACAGAGGUUUUAUGAUCCUGUGGAAGGCAUGGUCACCAUCGAUGGGCAGGAUAUAAAGACCCUGAAUUUAAGAUACCUGAGGGAGAUUAUAGGUGUGGUAAACCAGGAGCCUGUGCUGUUUGCAACCACAAUUGCAGAAAAUAUUAGAUAUGGUCGGGAAGAUGUCACCAUGGAAGAAAUGGAAAAAGCUGUCAAGGAAGCCAAUGCCUAUGACUUCAUCAUGAAAUUGCCCAAUAAAUUUGAGACGCUGGUGGGAGAAAGAGGGGCCCAGCUAAGCGGAGGCCAAAAGCAAAGGAUAGCUAUUGCCCGAGCCCUGGUUCGGAACCCCAAGAUUCUUUUGCUGGACGAAGCAACCUCGGCUUUGGAUACGGAAAGUGAAGCUGUGGUUCAGGCAGCUUUGGACAAGGCAAGGGAGGGCCGCACAACAAUCAUCAUUGCUCAUCGUUUGUCUACUGUGCGAAAUGCUGACCUUAUUGCUGCUUUUGAAGACGGGGUCAUCACGGAGCAGGGGUCUCAUCAUGAACUUAUGAAAAAGCAAGGAGUUUAUUUCAAACUGGUUAAUAUGCAGUCAAUUGAAACUGAAAUUCAGUCUGAAGAGACGGGUGAAAAUGGUCCAGGUUUCCAAAAGGACAUGGCAAAAGAAGCACUAAAAGAAACCACUUCAAAUGGACUGAGAAGACGUUCUACUCGCAAGAGUGCCAAAAAAACAGAAGCAGAAGAAGAAGAUCUGGAGGUUCAAACUGUUCAGCCUGGUGAAAAUGUGCCUCCUGUUUCAUUUCUGAAGAUCAUGAAGUUGAAUAUAUCUGAAUGGCCUUAUUUUGUAGUGGGAACGUUUGCUUCCCUCAUCAAUGGAGCUUUGCAGCCGGCUUUUGCAAUCCUGUUCUCAGAAAUCAUAGGUAUUUUUGCAAUACCACAACCCUCCGUUGUGCGAGAAAAAAGCAAUAUGUACUGCUUACUGUUCUUAGGAAUUGGAAUCCUUUCCUUCAUAACUUUUUUCCUUCAGGGUUUCAGCUUUGGCAGAGCCGGAGAGAUCCUUACAAUGAAGCUUCGUUACAUGGGAUUCAAAGCGAUCCUUAGACAAGACAUCGGAUGGUUUGACGACCCCCAAAACAGCACGGGAGCAUUGACGGCACGGCUGGCUAAUGAUGCUUCUGAAGUGAAGGGGGCUACAGGAGCCAGGCUAGGGAUGAUUGCCCAAAACCUGGCUAACCUUGGGACAGGGAUUAUUAUAUCGUUUGUGUAUGGCUGGCAGUUGACCCUUGUAAUCCUGGCUGUUGUGCCAAUCAUUGCCAUAGCAGGGAUCAUUGAAAUUAAAAUGUUGUCUGGACAAGCCAAGAAAAAUAGGAAGGAACUUCAAGCUGCAGGGAAGAUUGCGACAGAAGCAAUAGGGAAUAUUCGAACAGUUGCCUCUCUCACUCAGGAAAGAAAAUUUGAAUUCAUGUAUGGGCAAAGUCUGGUGGGACCAUACAGAAAUUCUGUGAAGAAAGCACACAUUCAUGGGCUGACCUUUGGCCUUUCCCAGGCUAUGAUGUACUUUACCUAUGCAGGAUGUUUUCGAUUUGGUGCAUGGCUAGUGGAGGAAAAUUACAUGGAAUUUAAGUCUGUUUUCCUGGUAUUCUCCUGUAUUGUUUUUGGUGCUAUGGCCUUGGGACAGGCUUCUUCACUUACACCUGAUUAUGCCAAAGCAAAGAUAUCUGCUGCCCACAUGUUCAUGCUGUUUGAAAGAGUACCAUCAAUCGAUAACUACAAUGAUGAAGGACUGAAGCUUGAGAGAUUUAAUGGCAAUGUAGCAUUUAAGAAAGUGGCCUUCAACUACCCCACUCGGCCAGACGUCUCUGUGCUCCGAGGCCUGAGUGUCGCAGUUGACAAGGGCCAGACCCUGGCUCUUGUGGGAAGCAGCGGCUGUGGGAAAAGUACAGUGGUCCAGUUGCUUGAAAGAUUUUACGAUCCCCUAAAUGGAGAAGUGCAACUAGAUGGCCAAAGUGCAAAAGAGUUGAAUAUCCAGUGGCUGAGGUCCCAGAUAGGGAUCGUGUCCCAAGAGCCAGUCCUGUUUGACUGCAGCAUAGCCGAGAAUAUUGCCUACGGCGAUAACAGCAAAAAGAUACCCUUAGACGAGAUCACUGAAGUUGCAAAAGCAGCCAACAUACACUCCUUCAUUGACUCUUUACCAGAGAAAUACAACACAUCUGUGGGUGACAAAGGGGCCCAGCUCUCUGGCGGCCAAAAGCAACGCAUUGCUAUCGCUCGUGCUCUAAUCCGCAAGCCAAGAAUUCUCCUACUGGAUGAAGCCACUUCUGCGCUUGAUACAGAAAGUGAAAAGGUUGUCCAGGAGGCUCUAGAUAAAGCCAGACAAGGCCGCACUUGCAUUGUAAUAGCUCAUCGCUUAUCUACAGUGCAGAAUGCUGACAGCAUAGCAGUGAUCCAGAAUGGGAAAGUCAUAGAACAAGGAACACAUCAGCAGCUGCUGGCUGCCAGAGGAAUCUAUUACUCUCUAGUCAACAUUCAGACGGGACAACCUGCCAAUUAAGAAGUGGACACUGUUGAGCUCUUAAUUCAUUUUUUUUUACAAAUGGGCAUUUACAAAAGGUUUUGUUUAUACCAUCUCAGUCAAACAAAAUAAGCUGGUGGUAAUGAUGGGCUGAAGUCCAACAUGCAAUCUCGGAAUUAGACUUCGCACCUACUGUAUGUCAGGUCAGAAAGUCUGAUGCUUGAAUAUCUCCUAAGAGCCCUAUAGACUUUUAUGAACCUUAAGAAAAAAAUCAGAAGCUGGUGUUCAUCACAGCUGGCAGUACUAUUUUCCAAGAGCAAAGUCAGAAAACUUUUAGUUAAUUUUAUGCUGACAUGUUUGACUUUGAAUUUAUUUAUAAAGCAUGUUUUUUUUAAAUGAGAAAACGUUGUCUCUAAAGUAUUUUGCUGCAACUGAUGUACAAAUCAAGUAUGUCAACACCUGCUGCUCUUUGUAGUGGUUUUAUUUCAAAGGGAAGAAAUGACAUAGCUGAUAAAACAAAGUCCCCCUUCUAAGAUACCAAAGAGGUUUAGAAUCCUGAGAAUUAUACAUAUGAAAUAACAUUGUCAAGAUAGUUUCUAAUCACAUUAUGUUUUGUAUAUUUUCAAGUAUUGUUACAAUAUCUGUUCUUUGUUUGGAAUGUAAAAACAAGUUUCUCAAGUCAUUGCAUUCUGUCCUUUUAUA